GAGCCUAACAACUUAAAGGCUAGACAUUCUUUUCGCUAUAAUGGCCUUAUUCAUCGGAAAACUGUUGGAGUAGAGCCUGCUCCUGAUGGAAAAGGUGUCGUUGUGGUCCUGAAAAAACGAUCAGGUCAGCAUAAACCUGCUACAUGUUAUGAGAAGAUGACUAUCAAUAAAAAUGCUCGUGCCACCUUGAACAGUGUACGACAUAUCAUUCGCAAAAACAAGUACAGAAAGGAUCUUCGUAUGGCUGCUCUUCGUCGUGUCAGUGCUAUUUUGAAAAGCCAGAAGCCAGUAAUUGUCAAGAAGAAGAGUUCAAGAGCUGUUAAAACUGCAUAAAACACAUGCCAUGUUUUGCAUUAAAUGUUGAAUAACUUUA